CAAACAUGGCUGCUCUUUGGCAGCAAGUGCUUGCUCUUGAUGCAAAGUUUAACGCAUAUCGAACCCCAAAUAACCCUCAGUUUAGAACCUUAUAUAUUCGGCGGAGAAGCCAACUUUUGCGAGAAAAUGCAAAGAGUGAGUGUGACCUAGCAGCCAGGAAAGACUAUUUACACACGAGAGCCCAGUUGUUAAACAGUCGAUAUGGGAGUCCAUCAUUUUCGGAUUGCGGAAGUAUCAAAAGUCGUUCCUUCAGCAUCAGAAGUAUCAGCAAGAACACGGGAGAGAGUUUUGAAUCGAUGACGGUGGGUGUUGGUGAUACGAGGAAGUACCACCGCCGCCACCUCAGUAGUGGGUCACUGAAGCACCUGUAUGAGGGGCCGAUGAAGAGAGUGUAUGACAGCAUCGAGGUCGUCCCCACGAGUGCUGCUGAAGCCAGCAGAGCAAUGGCGGGUGGUAAAAGUCUGUCAGAAAACUAUGCUUUUGCUGGGAUGCAUCACAUUUUUGACCAGCACACUGCAUCAGUUUCCAGUGUGAAGUUUGCCCAUGACGACAAGUCACGUGUUGCCUGCUGUUCACUGGAUGGAACCUUAUCGAUCUGUCAGCUCAUCCCCCCACCUGCAACAGUCAUCUGUAUGUUACGAGGGCAUGAAGCAGGUGUCACAGAUUUUGUGUGGUCCUUGUCGAACGAUGUGAUUCUGUCUGUGUCGUAUGACGGGACCGCUCGACUGUGGGACGUGGCCGCUGGGUCGUGUCUGCGGGUCAUCGAGGAUGGAGGGAGUGGAGAGCUGUACUGCUGCAUGUUUCAACCUCUCAAUAACAACAUGUUUGUCACAGGCAGUGGUCGGGGAAAUGUGCAAGUCAUGAAUAUGUCCACAGGCAAAGGAUAUAAGGGAGGAUCCAGUAAGGUGACCGGGAAGGUUUACUGUCUGGCCUUUGAUGCUAGUGGCAAGAUUCUAUGGGCUGGUGAUGAGCGGGGGUCGAUCUUUUCAUUCACUGUGGAUGUGGCAACUGGAAAACUUACAAAAGCAAGAAGGAUCACCGUGUGUGAGGGCCAGCCAGUAACCAGCAUAUCGGCCCGAGCCUGGAUUAACAGAGAAGCUAGAGAUCCAUCUCUCUUAGUGAACUGUUGUCUCAACUCUCUGUGUCUGUUCAGAAUUGUAUCAGACGAUGGAGCAUUACAGCUGAAGAAGACGUUUCCUAUCAAGCAGAGAGUUUCACAUAUCAAGAGUUCGUUCUGUCCUCUCAUGUCCUUCAGACAAGGAGCCUGUGUCAUUUCAGGUAGUGAGGACAUGUGUGUGUAUUUCUUUGACGUGACCAAGGAGUCUAAAUCGUGUGUGAACAAACUGCUGGGUCAUUCGGCCCCGGUCCUCGACGUGUGUUUUAACUGUGAUGAGAGUCUGCUGGCGUCCUGUGAUGCUCAAGGUCUUGUUAUUAUAUGGAAGAGAGAGGGCAAGCAGGGAAUUCUGUGAUUAAAAUACAUUGAAUAUACCAGCCAUAGAUUCACAUGGGAAAUGAGUGGAAGUCCAGUGGACAUGUCAAAUCUGAAUGACAAAAACCAAUUUCAAAAUCGUAUCUCUUCAAAAGGCAGAGGCAGAAGGAUGUUUUGACAAUAUCAUCAUCAUUACUCCCAUAAGUCACUAGCAAAUGUUUUGCCUUAAGAGGACUGCCAUUUUGCAGGAUGAUACAUCAUUCCUACUUUGUCUGUAGGUAAACUGCCACACCAACUGCUGGUGACACCAGUCGUAAGACAGAGCACUGUCACAUGCAUGUAUGCCUUCGAUCUGCAAAUCCAGGAUAGCAAAAAAAAACCCCCAAACAAAUCUAGAUCUAAAUUGAUGUCCACAUGUGUGAACCCUCUCGUCCCCUCAUUCAUGCACAACGAUUGAAAAAAAGCCUGCCAACCUACCCCUAACCCUCAUUGUUACUGGAAAUAUGAUUUUUAAAAUUAUAAACAUGUACAUAUUGUUUCGGAAACCCCUCUUACCUAUAGCAUAAUCUGUCCCUGUUUAAAUAUGGCAUUUUGACCAAUUUGAUAAAAAAAAUCUCCAUGCAGACUAUAUCCCAAGAAGCCAAUGCCCAUGCUGAGUCUGUACUCGCAGAUAUUUAGGAACUAAUGGAAGUGACUUAGUGGGAAAAGAUACAAGUUUUUGUUACAGACUGGAACCCAUUCAAGGUGGUAGCAAAUGAGAAAAUCGGCCACUGUACACUGCCAAAACACCACUGCUUGAAUAGAUCUUAAUAAAUAGGCUGACAUGAUCCAUUGUGCAUGAAUGGCUUUUUGCACGCUAAUAUUGCGGUUGACUGUUUCUUUGUCUUUACUGUUCAAGUUCCCUGCAACUUUAUUGGCAUACAGUUGUAAUGGUUUAUGUAUGCUAAUGUUUAGGCAGAUUUAGUUAACUAUACACGUUAGGUAAAUGACUAAACAGGUUAACAGAUGUGUACACAGACAUGUUAGUGAGUUGAUCUCAUUAAAGACGCCUAUAAUUCGGAUUUAACCGAAAUGUACACAGACGUGUGGUGUUAGGAAAGUUAAUUUGUCAAAGGGAGGUCACCCACAUUAAUUUCAUGUCGCAUUUUAGUCCGCCCAUCUUCACUUGCAUUAAGUUAGGGACUCAUUAAUUUCAGGAUCUACAGUAUACAUGUAUGCACCAAAUAACUUAUCAUCAUCAUCAUCAUCAUGUAUCUUUCAUACAUUUCUGACAUAAUCGGCGAUUCAUCUGAACAUACAUGUAGUUUACGGUUUUAGCCUCUUCUAUUUGAACCUCUGGCAAGGAAUUGGAUCUUUGAUUUUUAUAAAGUUUAAAGUCUCUUGAUACAGGUUUGAGAAUGUAAGAAAUAAUUUCCAUGUUCGUUUACCUUGGUGCUAAAGCACUCGUCUGGGUCUAAUUCACUAAACUCUUGCAACUUUGCGAUCUCGCAGUACAAUGCUAAAAGACUUGCAAAGAGGAUGCUUUGUUGUCUAGUAAAGCCUAACAAACCGUUGUGAAUUAGACCUCUGAUGUGUAAUGGAUGGUGGGAUCAAUUUCCCUUAGAGGACCUGGCCUUGUGCUUAUAAAACUUUUAGUGUCUAGACUCUAAUAGAGUCCGAGUCGUGAACGUCAUGGCAACAUUAUACUAAUUUUAUGCGCGUGACGUCAAUAGAGAUUGAGUUUGAUAAGCAAGGGCCUUCAUCUAGCUCAGUUGGUAAAAUGCUCAUCUGUUUCUUGAAACAUAGGAUCGAACCCCAUCAGUGGACCCAUUCUCUAAUUAUUGUUUUUUCUCCCCGGUCCCAGCCAGUGGCCGACGACUGGUAUAUCAAAGGUUGUGGUAUGUGCUGUUGUGUUUGUGGAAAACUGCAUAUAUAGAAUCCCUUGCUGUUAAUGGAUACAUUUAGUGGGUUUCCUCCAAGACUGUAUAUCAGAAUUGUUCAGUGUUUGACAUCCAAUAGCUGAUGCUUAAUAAGUCAAUAUCCUGUAGUGGUGUAAUUAAACAAAACAAAGUUUAACUUUGACCUACAUUUGUAUAUAUUCUUAUUGAUUAGAUUUUCUCAUUGCAGACAGGGCUAGCUCUGGGUGAGCGAAAAAUUUCACCAAAUUGUCCAUUAAACUUCAAAAAUUGCAGAAAUCAACAGUUACAGAUAUUUUCUAAAAAAUGUCAGUUAUUACAUAAAAUAAUUUUGCCAAAUGAAAAUAAAAUUCGCCAACUGCUUUCAAAAUUCGCAGUUGGCAAAUUUGGCGAGUGCUAGAGCUAGCCCUGGCAGACAAACCGAUCUAAUUUGUUUUGUGCCUUUCUAUCUCAAUGAAAGAGUUGGAACUCUUUAAAGCUGUAGAUUUGAUACAAAAAUUGACUCUUUUUUUUAAAUCUUUUUUUUUAGUUGAUUUCACUUGCAGUUACUACAUAAACAAAUUAUAACGAAUGUAUCAUUUCAUUGUAUGUAUUGAUGGAUGGAUGGAUGUUUAUUGAAUAUAUAAUUAUUUAUCCUUAUUUGCAGUAUAUUAUAAGUUGACAAUGUUAUAUUUCUAAUUUAUUAUGAAGUAUUAUAUAAGUUAUUUCUUACACAGAUGUGAAAUAUAAAAUGCAGUGCAUACAUGUUUUGUGUAGAUACAAAUAUGAUAGUGCAAUACAUUCCAAAUGACCA